AAUCUGCAGGAGACAUAGCAAUCGCAGCAUCACAUCAGCCUGCCUAGGGACUUUGAAUUCGCAAUGGUUUUGCAGUGGUGGAAACCUUUUCGCAGUUUGGCUUGCUCCCUUACGGCGUCGCGAUUUCUUUUCCAUAUUCAAACUGGACGGACUUCUUCAAGCCAACGCCUGUAUUUUGGAACGAAGGGUAAGCAAAAUGUUUACAAGCUAAGCAGAAAUCUAGUCUCAAUCUCAAGCUUUAGCUUUUAAAGUCUUUUUAGGAGUUUAAUAAUUGCACUGUUGGGUUGAACUUUUGUGGAAAAUCACCAGAUUUCAUCCUUCGUGGAAUCUUGUUUUCCAAAUUACUUGCCGUAUAACAGUCACUUUUUCCUGUGUUUUACUUUCAUUUCAAUGGUUAUGUAAGGUGUACAUGUGAUUGCGUAAUACAGCUACGUAUUAAACGAUAAAAAAUGUGGGAGCAUUUACAUUUAUUCGUUCAGAAAGUCAUCCUUUAUACGCCUUCACUCAUUCGUUACAAAUUCUAGUGUUUCUUAACUUAAAAUUACUAGGCAUAGAUCCUGUCAGCUGUGGUAGGGACCGGUGGAGCGUUGCGUGACAUCCCAAGGAUAACAUCGACGCAUUUUCGACUGGUUGAAAAUAAUCGUACAGUUAGGUGAUCCGUUCACAUGGUUCCACCUUAAGUGUACGAAAAUUUAGAUGCCUAGCCGUUCAAACAUUUGAAAGCCAAAAUCGAGGUCAAAUUUUUAGCCUGUAUGAUCUAUAUUAUGUAAACACCGUGUAACCGUCUAAAUCUAAAUCUUUGUACAGCAUGGCUGCAUGGAUGCGUGGUUAAAAAAUUAAAACACAUGUGGGAGGUGCCUUUUGGAUUUGCUGUUAUUUAAAAGUAGCCCGACUGUACAUGGCCAGAUAGUAACAUGAUGGUACAACCAUUGAAAAAAGUUUCAAAUUCCGCCUGGUUUAUCAGUUCUCUGUCAGGGUAUUAGAUACAGAAGGGUACUGAAUAUUGAAUUUUAUUGGGCAUCAAAAUCAUGAGAAUCAUCUAUUGACACUAGAACAGUGAUUAGAACUCAUGCAAAAAAAAGUGAAUUCUGCUGGCUUGACAGCCCUGCUUUGCCCCAUGUAAGACAAUCCAGACGGAUGCUGGAAUCCGGGAAAUAUUUGCUUGUUGAAUACAGAAUCCUGGGCUUGGAAUCCGGAAUACAACUCAAGGAAUCCAGAAUCCCACUAACCAUUAAUUGGAACUCGGAAUCCUUGAAGUUCCAUUACACAACAAGGAUUAAUCCACAGUGUGGAAUCCAGAAUCCAAGGCUGUCUUGGGUUCCCUUACAUUGGGAUGACCUACAAAUAUGGUAAAGAUCUUUCUGCAAAUAUUUUAUGCAAAAAUGUAAAGUUAAAAGCAAGCUGAAAUAACCCAUGGCUUUGAGUUCUUAUCACACAAUCCACCAUAAGAUCAAUCAAUCAAUCAUUUUAUCAAUGUAAUGGCAUGGGAAAGGGUUGUCCUGAGUAUCUGAGCCCCUGCAGAGGCCCAUGUAUAAAAUGUAUGACAGAAAUUAGUAAAAAAGGUUACAUAUGUGUAGAGCAAUUAUUAAUAUAUCAGGGAAUGUAAAAAAAAGAAGUUCUACAAGUAAUACAGUACCCUCCUGCACACUCUUGUAAAUAUUACGGGUUGAUGAUUUUUUGGUUGACUGUUGACCAAAACUUGGUCAACAGACAGUGUAGCAGCUUACUCUAUUUAACUGAAGUCAAUUUUGAAUACUCAACCAACAGACUGUCAAUUACACUCAGCUGAUAUCGGUCAAGAUCUUUUGAAUAUUUAAUUUUGUAGCAAAAGAUUGGAAGGUGAAGUAAUCCGAUGAGAGACUUCUUUAAGUGGUGACUGUGUUGUGUUUUUGCACAACAUUGCCACUGAUUUAUUACCAUGGGGCUUGGGUACAAGACCAUGUAUUAUGGAAUUAUCAACAUAAGAUGGCAGUAUUAAGCAUGCAAUUUAUGGUUAUAGACUCACAUAGUCAAAAAGAGCAGUGUGUGCUUAUAUACCUGCCAACUAUUUCUGAGUCAAAUGCGUGAGCUUUUCGUCUUGUCAUGACUGGAAUUUCCAAACAUUCCCGACGAUUUUCUGAAGACUUCCGAACGUUGCUGAAAACUGAUGUUCCAAAGACUUUUUCAAUGACGACAUUUUAGUGUGUUGUGAUAAAGUUAAGUGCCUUUUUGGAUUAUUUUCGGGAAUAUUUAAUUUAAUUUUCCUUAUUAUACAUGUGUUAAAGAACAAUUCAUCUGGAUUUGUAAGUCAGGCAAUUGAGAAAUUGUCUUUGAUGCAUGAGAUUGAUGUCUGUAGUCCGCAGGCGUGAUGCUCAGGCGUCAUGAUCAAUUUUUAGGAUUAAGAUUUUGUAAUUUCUAUGGCAUGUUUUCAAUUCUGGAUUUUAACUUGUUCAAUACAUUGCUGAAUUAACAUGAUGGUCACUUUUGUUGACGUUUGAAACGACAGUGGUUAAAAGGGGAUUAGUCAGGAUAGGCUAAAAGAAUGUAAUCAACGCAACCGCUAAGUGUUUUCUUUUGAUUAAGUUGGCCAUCUAUCGAUAUCCAACUUUGAAACGAACCCUACAGCUUUUUUUGGUGUUUGACUUUGUGAGAAAUCAGUUGCCAACUCAUGAGAGCGUGAGAUAGGCCCGGGGAGGGCACUUGGGUAUUUUUUGGGUGGAUAUGUGCCGCCCGGGAAUCCAAAUUGGCACCCCGUUCUAAAAAAAAUUCCCCUAAAAUUGAUACCCCGUUCUAGAAUUGGGCCAAUUUUUUGUACCCCGUCCUAGAAUUCGCCCUAAAAGUUGAUACCCCGUUCAAGAAAUGGGCCAAUUUUUUAUACUCCGUUCUAGAAAGUUUGUAAAUUGAAAUAGCCCUGUUUUUUUUUUAAGAUAUUUCUUUAUUUGUUCGACUUAUACAUCAAAUAAAUGCUUCUUCAUAAUAGAAAGCCUUGAUCCACAAUUUUUUAUACCCCGUUCUAGAAAACGCCUCUGAAAUGGAUACCCCGUUCUAAAUCAGGAGCUUCAAAAUCACGACCCCGUUGGGCAGCACAUACCCAGAUAGGUAAUGUAUGGGAGUGCCCCCCCCCCCCCCCCCCCCCCCCCGGCCGGCGCGGGGCAGAUACCAAAACACCCCACCGAACAGUCACACAGACGAAGGGGACGCUCGUUGUCUUCUUGUCUCUCUAGUCUAAAUCUAAAUCUUUGUACAGCAUGGCUGCAUGGAUGCGUGGUUAAAAAAUUAAAACACAUGUGGGAGGUGCCUUUUGGAUUUGCUGUUAUUUAAAAGUAGCCUGACUGUACAUGGCCAGAUAGUAACAUGAUAGUACAACCAUUGAAAAAAGUUUCAAAUUCUGCCUGGUUUAUCAGUUCUCUGUCAGGUUAUUAGAUACAGAAGGGUACUGGAUAUUGAAUUUUAUCGGGCAUCAAAAUCAUGAGCAUCAUCUAUUGACACUAGAACAGUGAUUAGAACUCAUGCAAAAAAAAAGUGAAUUCUGCUGGCUUGACAGCCCUACUUUGCCCCAUGUAAGAUAAUCCGGAUGCUGGAAUCGGGGAAAUAUUUGCUUGUUGAAUACAGAAUCCUGGGCUUGGAAUCCGGAAUAUAACUCAAGGGAUCCAGAAUCCCACUAACCAUUAAUUGGAAUUCAGAAUCCUUGAAGUUCCAUUACGCGACAAGGAUUAAUCCACAAUGUGGAAUCCAGAAUCCAAGGCUGUCUAACUCUAUUUAACUGAAGUCAGUUUUGAAUACUCAACCAACAGACUGUCAAUUACACUCAGCUGAUAUGGGUCAAGAUCUUUUGAAUAUUUAAUUUUGUAGCAAAAGUUUGGAAGGUGAAGUAAUCCAAUGAGAGACUUCUUUAAGUGGUGACUGUGUUGUGUUUUUGCACAACAUUGCCGCUGAUUUCUUACCAUGGGGCCUGGGUACAAGACCAUGUAUUAUGGAAUUAUCAACAUAAGAUGGCAGUAAUUAGCAUGCAAUUUAUGGUUAUAGACUCACAUAGUCAAAAAGAGCAGUGUGAACUUAUGUACCUGCCAACUAUUUCUGAGUCAAAUGCUUCGUCUUGUCAUGACCGGAAUUUCCGAACAUUCCUGACGAUUUUCUGAAGACAUCCGAACGUUGCUGAAAAUGUCCGAAGAUGACGACAUUUUAGUGUGUUGUGAUAAAGUUAAGUGCCUUUUUGGAUUAUUCUCGGGAAUAUUGAAUUUAAUUUUCCUUAUUAUACAUAAUCAGGCAUGAGAAAUUGCCUUUGAGGCAUGAGAUUGAUGUCUGUAGUCCGCAGGCGUGACACUCAGGCGUCAUGAUCAAUUUUUACGAUUAAGAUUUUGUAAUUUCUAUGGCAUGUUUUCAAUUCUGGAUUUUAGCUUGUUCAAUACAUUGCUGUUGACAUGAUGGUCACCUUUGUUGACGUUUGAAAGGACAGUAGUUAAAAGAGGAUUAGUCAGGAUAGGCUAAAAGAAUGUAAUCAACGCAACUGCUAAGUGUUUUCUUUUGAUUAAGUUGGCCAUCUAUCGAUAUCUAACUUUGAAACGAACCCUACAGCUUUUUUUGGUGUUUGACUUUGUGAGAAAUCAGUAGCCAACUCAUGAGAGCGUGAGAUAGGCCCAGGGAGGGCACUUGGGUAUUUUUUGGGUGGAUAUGUGCCGCCCGGGAAUCCAAAUUGGCACCCCGUUCUAAAAAAAAUUGCCCUAAAAUUGAUACCCCGUUCUAGAAUUGGGCCAAUUUUUUAUACCUCGUCCUAGAAUUUGCCCUAAAACUGAUAAGCGCUUUGGUCAAUUAGUGGAGUUAGCGCUAUAUAAAUUAUGUUAUGUUAUGUUAUGUUAUACCCCAUUCUAGAAAUGGGCCAAUUUUUUAUACUCCAUUCUAGAAAGUUUGUAAAUUCAAAUAGCCCUGUUUUUUUUAAAGAUAUUUCUUUAUUUGUUCGACCUAUACAUCAAAUAAAUGCUUUUUCAUAAUCAGCAACAAUUUUAAGCAGAAAAUAAAGCCUUUAUCCACAAUUUUUUAUACCCCGUUCUAGAAAACGCCUCUGAAAUGGAUACCUUGUUCUAAAUCAGGAGCUUCAAAAUCACGACCCCGUUGGGCGGCACAUACCCAAAUCUCCCGGAUAAAAUGACGUUUGGGCAUUUCUGUGCUUUAGUUUGAAAUUUAGUCCAUUUUUUCACAAAAGUCGAACUUUUUUUAUUUAUUGUACAGUUUCUGGGACAUUUUUGCACAUGUUUAGUCAAUGACAAAGAUUAGUUCGUCCUUACAAUGAUGAAAGCGCAUUUUGAUCCCAUGUACGCCAUGUAAGACGUCAUAUAAUGUCCUAAGGCAAUUUGUUGGUGCGGGGGGGGGAGAGUGGGGGGGUUGGUGCUGUUGAUAUUCGGGGGUGGGGGGGGGGGUGUAGUGCAAAAUAGAGAGUCUCCAGAUUUUAGAUCUCCGGAGGUUGGCAGGUAUGCUACAGGUUUGGCUCAGCAGAAGUUAAGGUCAGGUUGGACAUGGGACAAAAAAGGGAAGGGCUCUUAAAUAACUAUACUUAUCUGAUAAUUAACUAUUGUUUGCUAUUGCAUUUAGCAGGUUUAAGAAAAUGGAAUCCUUUAACAUGGUAUAAUGAAAUGCUGGAAAAGCAUCCCAUCAGGACUAAGUGUAUUACCUCAGGAGGUACUGAAACUGGUUUGAUUUUGUUGCGUUAGUGGCAGAAACAUAAUUACCCAAUGUAUUUGCGUUGUUAAAUGCAUUAUUUGAAUACAUGCAAGUGGUUUUGUUCUGUUUAACUUUUAUCUGUUUUCCUUCUCUGCAGUAUUAUUUGCGAUGGGAGAUUUCAUAGCACAGAAAACUGCUGCUGGUAAAAAUAGUAGCUUGGAUGAUAAGGUAUUGUUAUACUUGAUAACAUUCUCUUUGCUAACUAUUUAAUAAUGUUGGGAAAAUCUGUUGUUUUUUUUCUUUCAUAAAAAAAUAAUGCGAGGUGUUUAUGUAGAGGUGUGGGAUGCAUUGUGCAAAUAUUAAUCAGCGUGCAAAGAAAGUGUCUGAUAGCCUGCACUGGGGCCAGUGGAUUUUUGCUAUCGGGCUAGUCAAUCCUUUUCUUAACUUGCCUGGAGGGCAAGUGAUGCUUUUUGAGCAAUUCGAAUAAAGAAAGAACUGUGAAAUCAAUUCUGUUUGUCAAAAAGCUUUUGGGGCUAGUUGAUAUGAUGGCUGGGUUAGUAAAUGCUAGCUUCAGCUUGCCUGAAUUGCAAGCUGUAAAAAUGAUUUUCUUUGCGCCCUGUUAAUGCUGUAGUUAUGUACAUGACAGUUCUCCCAUCUUCUAAUCAUUUACUGACCACUAUAUGGGAUACAUAAUUUACUUGUAUGAUCCCCUUUUCAUGAGAGUGCCACACACAGGGAUAAGUGUAGUGCAACCUACCAUCAUCUGCACUGUACUGGUCGGUUUUUGUAUAAAGACGAAUACAGUUAUCAUUGAUAAACUACCGUAAACAAACAAAAUGAGAGAAAGAUUAACUCAAUAGUAGGUACAGUUUCAUUAGUGAAUCUAAAAUAUUUUAAAAUACAUUCCUCUCCCAGAUGAGCUAUACAUAAAANCAUCAUCUGCACUGUACUGGUCGGUUUUUGUAUAAAGACGAAUACAGUUAUCAUUGAUAAACUACCGUAAACAAACAAAAUGAGAGAAAGAUUAACUCAAUAGUAGGUACAGUUUCAUUAGUGAAUCUAAAAUAUUUUAAAAUACGUUCCUCUCCCAGAUGAGCUAUACAUAAAAAAGUGAAAUAAACGCCGCGGCGCUUUUUUGAGUCAGUAUAAUGUUGGGUAAAGUAUAGAACUAGUUAUUGUGUUUUUUUUUUUGUUUCGGGUGAGGGCUUGGAAACAGGAAUUUGAGAUUGUGGGAUUCGUUUUGACAUCCAUAGCAUGCUGUCAAACGUUGCCCCUUUGAUCUUCAAAUACGUUUUUUGAAAUACAGUCCCCCUGUAAAAUCUAUGGAAGUCUUUUUUUUUUAAAAUUCCUGAUAAUAUUACGUUACUAAGCUUGAUACCAUGAAAAAUCAAAUAGUAAAUUAAAGCCACUCUUGUUUCUCAAUUCGAGGUGAGGUCUAGGCUUAAUUUAAAGGUAGUCACUUGGAUUAUUAGUAUUUGAGGGGAGGACUGGGUGAUAUGAUUUUAAUUCUGGGGGGCUGGGGUGGGGUAUAUUUUACUGAUGUUACCAGACCUUUUCAAAAUUAACGUCAUAACUUGCUAAUCACGAGUAACGCUGAAUAUAUAUUAUAUUGCCCAACAGCGACUGUUAAGAGCGAUCAUAUAUGGAUCGGGUACUGCUCCACUCGCUCAUGUACAUUUUAACUUUCUGGAAUGGCUAGUUGUAAAGAAGGUAGGAAAUAGACUUAAGCGGUGGAAGUACCUAGUUUUCUGGAAAAAUACACUUGUGAGCUUAAAACAGCCAAAGCUCUAAUUAAAAUGAUAAAUCGGGUGGGAAAAAAGCGAGCAUUUUCGAUUAACCCAUACAUUCACACUAACAGCCCGCGCGGUCCCUGGUAUCACUUGUGACGUCUUUAGUUUGAACAGACGUAGCAGUGCGCCAAAAUCUAUGUCCAAUCGUCCGGGACAGGUAGAAAUUUAGCUCGGAAAGGUAAACCUUUGAAAUGGCUUCUCCGUUGGACAAGCACAUUUUUAAUUAGAAAAAAUACGUAGAAUUGCGGCAGAAUUACUUCUGUUAAAUGAGAACUUUACAUCUUAAAAGAUGUAAAUUUCUCACUUCCAGGCUCAAAAUUCGAGUUGAUAUUAAAUGGCGGAAUCACAAGAAGUCGAAAAAUAACAGUCUUCAUUGUUAGUUUUUCCUUCAAAGCAACCGAGAAGAGAAAAAGUCUUAGAUGCUAGCAAAGAUUUAAGUGAAUCAAGAGAAGAUCAUUAAAUGCCCGAGUUUCGAGCAAAACCUUUUGGACAAGAACUUUAGGGUUUCGGACAACCAAAAUUGAUGUAGUGCUUGUCCGAAGGACAAGUGGAUAAGAAAAUUAAAUUAAAGGAUGCAUUGUCUUCGAAUAUCGCUUCCCCGUUCUCCCUGUUUCAUAAAGACAAACGAACCGGUUGUAAAAAGGUUCAAAGGUAAUUUCAGCAAAUUCCAGGUUUUCUGCCUAACACUUCACUAAAGACAAUUCUUUUUUCGAACCCCCUUUUCUUUGGGGGGUGGGGGGCAACUGCGCUCUUGCCCUUCCUCUGGCUACAGCUAUGCAUGUAUUCCGGAUUUCCCUCUCACCAAGCGAAACGAAAGUAGAGCUUGAUCGAAGGUUACGUAGUGCUCAACCAAAAGCGUUUGUGGCAAUUUUGGUCUUGUCCUCGUGGCGACGUCGGUUUAUUUUCUUGGAUAGUUUUUAUAGAGCGCGCGAGGGAAAUAUUCUUUUUUUGCCAGAUAGUGAUAAAAAACGGCUCGACUCAUAGCUUCGGCAAAAUGUUCAGGAGCUAGCUGGUUAUUAACAUGCUAGAUACAAAGAUCUUGAAACUCAACAGUUUUAUGGCUCGUCAAAAGACUAUAAGCUAAACGUGUAUCGAAACGACCGGUAUAACCAUUUGUGAAAUAAUUGUUCCCAAGACAACGAAAUACACUCUUUUUAUAAGAAACUUUUUUGUAACGGAACGUUCAGUCUGAAAUUUUCCAAAAACUUUUAAGUUAAUAGAAGGUGCUAAGAACAUACACGAGGCUCAGAAAAAAACAAUUUAUUUUUCACUGCCUUUACUUUUCUUAAUUUAAGAAAAACUGAAUUUAAGUAAAACGUUCUACACCAAAUCAGAGUGCAUGCAAAAUUUUUGUAUGUCAGAUUUCCGUCACUGAAAUUCAAGAACAUGCGUAAGAACAUUUCCAGGCUGAAACUGCCCAGAAAAUAAGAACGGUUCAGGCUUAACUCGAAAAAUGGACGUUCUUAUAAAAAAAGAGUGUAUACCAGGAAGAAAAACGGGUGUCAGUUAAAGGCGAUGUCGGGGCCGGGAUCUGGGUCUAUCUGUUUUAAGGUUAGGGUUAAAGUUAGGGUUGACACUAACCCUAACCCUAAAUAACCCUAACCUAACCCUAAUCCUAACUGUAAAACAGUAUGCUUAAAAAAAAAAGGUAGACCCCUACCCUGGCCCUGGCCCCGCGUUUUACUGACAGUAGACACCCAAGAAAAACACUGUUUACUGCGAUUUUUUCCCACGAAUGUUAAGUUAGGGUAUCACGACAUUAGUUACUCGGUAUUUAAAGGUUUUAAUUACUUUUUUUUAAAUUAAUUCUAUCUACGAAAUGACUGUCCGCCACUGCUAAAUUCCUAAGGACGAUCAGAGAUAGCAGGUGUAAAAUGGGUGGUAGUAAUUGAUAUUUAUUGCCAUCUGAAAAGUAAACGGCAGGUGAACAAAACCAAAAGUAAAAGUUGUAAAGCUUGAGUGUCGUGUUUUUAUGUAUGCUAACUAAGCUUUUUUUUCCACUUCCUCGCUUAAAGUUUUGUAAUCCAAAUCACCCUUAUCGUUUGCUUGGAAUUCCAGUGAUAAACCAGUGAAGGACUUUUUGAUGGUGUCUUUCGAAGAUGCGUAUAUCAUUUUGUCUCCAAUCUUUGCAUUUUCGUCACACCUAAAGCGAAAAAGGGAAAUGAGAUGAAACGGGCUGGCUCGGCUCAUGCCUUGUUUCCUUAUAAAAUUGUUGCUGUGUCGUAUGAGAAGGUUGGCUGCCCCGUUUGCCGAGAUCGUGGUUGCUUGAAGGAAGAUCUCACCAAGCGGGCCAGCCGGCCUUCUCAUAUAAACACAACGACAAUUUUCUAAGAAAACAAGGCAUGAGCCGACCCAGCAUGGUAAAGCAGGCCAUGCUGCAUAAACAGUUCCUUAGUAGAAAUGAGAACCAGGUAGAAGGGUCUACUCCAUCAUACAAACUAAAGCUAAAGAGAUGUACCCAACACCUUUUUGAUUUAAUAAUCUCUUCAUGAGUGCAUACAUCAAUUCAGGGAGCAAGGGUGUCGCCGUGGUGAGAGCAGUGGUUAGAGCACUCGCCUCCCACAAAUGUGGCCCAGGCUUCAAGUCCCGGCGUCGACGCCAUAUGUAGGUUGGCUUUGUUUUUGGUUCUCUCCUUUGCACGGAGAGUUUUUUUUUCGGGUUUUCCGGUAUUUUUUCCCCCUCCAACAAUCUAUUUUUCACUGGGUCGUAAGCGGUGGAUUCAUAAACGGAGUCAGAAGAAAAUAGAAAUAUUCCGAUUCUUCUGACUUCAGUUCUGCAGCCUGCGUGGUAGGUGUUCGAAAGGGAAUCGGAAGGGAAUUUUACGGAGAGGGGGGCGGCAGGGGAAGGCUUGCUAGGGCGUCAUUAUUGUCGUCGCCAUCCCGCCUACUUAUUGUGUAUGCAAAAAUAACGCAACUGUGAACGUCUAACCAUCUGUUACUGCAACCAUCUAUUACUGCUGGUUAAGGUAUUCAUUAUUUUUACAUUUCUCUGGUGGAUGUGAAAAAUAAAAAAGACCAGAAAAUCCCGUUCCCCUUUCCUUUCAAACGCCUACCACGCAGACUACCAAUAGCCCAUGUUCGAUAUAUUAAAAUUCUAACAUGACUCCGAGACUUUCUGGUCAUUUUUCUAUAUUUGGUUUUAUUUUCUUUGUGCUCAAGUCUCCUCUGGGAAUUGCGAGACAACGGAUUCGUGAAAAUUUGGAAUUUUGACCCUAAAGCCUCGGAGUCAUCUUAGAAUUUUAAAAUAUCGAACGUGGGCUAUUCUGUAGACUUGCCACAAGUCGACUGCGUGAGCGGCGAAGGCGCUAGGGACGCUGGUGAAGCGAGCAAAAGCGAGCGACGAAUUACUCUGUUGCACUUAUAACUCCGCUUACAACUCAAAGCUUUGAUUUUCACUAGGUUAAUAAAAUAAAAUGCUCUUACAACUCUGACUCUGUCGAACAAGUAAAAUCCAGCCUAAAAUGUCUUGAGACUAAACGAAAAUUUUAUGCCCGGUCACCAAUUAAAAAUGCAGAGACAACCUCACUCACCAAAAGAUGAAUGCCAACUUAUUAACUUUCCUGCCAUCCUUGUUCAUAAAUCCAAAAUCAUACAAAAUAUAUCGUGGCUCAUUGGUGAGUUGCUCCUUCAUUUUAUUAAACUGUGCUUCAUCUUCUUCUUUUGCCUCUGUUUUGCAUGGAUCACCACACACGUCAACAAUAAUUUUCUUCUUUCCUUCAAUUUUAAAAAAUGCAAACUUGUGUGUGCUUCUCAACUUCAUAUCAUUAAACAAAACGUUGAUUUCAGCAUCGACUUCUACCCCUGACAUAGACUGUAUCAAGAGAACAUGAGAAUAACAUUAAGUAAUCUAAAAAACCUUAUUAAGGGCAAAGCCUCUCAACUCUGAGUAUCUUCUUGUAGCGCCCAGAUUCAAUAGGUAGCAAGUGGAAGAAAUUCGCAUUUUGGUUACUGCCACUCUGACUUGUCUUAGCGUUCUUUAUUAAAUCAAGAUAAUAUUCAAAUCUGACUUCGUUUUUCACUUCACUGUACAGGCUUAAUUUAUUUUCAGUUGAGGAGUCGAAUUUAUCCUUGUUCAGUCUUUUCGACCAAUAUUCCUGGUAUUCUUUAAACAAAUUUUUUUUUUAACUUUCUAACCAGGUGAGGAAAUGUCCUGUAGUCAAGAUGUGAUAGAUUUGGUACUUACCUACAUUAUUUAAAUGUAUUUUCAUUGCUAGGGCGCUAUUUAAAAUUGGGUCAUUUUGUAAGGUAAGUAACCAUAAGAAGUACUUAAAAAUUCUGGUGUAAAUAAUAAGAUGAAGAAGAAAACGUCCGAGUUCUCCCUUCACAGCAUGGUUACUUGCUUUAGAGUGAACCCCUAAGGCCAUUUUGCGUACCUUGUUAUGCAUAUUCUCGAGAUUAGGCGACCCCAGUAUUAAGAGUUAAGAACGGCCAUCUACAAUUUCAUCAAAGCACUCUAACUACUUACCAUUGUGAUGGUUGAUCGUGACUUUUAGUUUCAAAACACCUUGAAAACAAAAUAGUGUAGGGGCAACGCUCUCUGGCACCGCUCUGGCCUGCUGAUUGCCCGUUGAAUGAUUAAAGUAGCUUCACUGAUUUGCUCUGGUCCAAGUUUAUAGACCUAUUCGGCUAACUCAAUGUUGUACCCAAUUCAAAUCUCCCGGGGUCAAGAUUCUUUGUGUACUGUAUUUACAUCAUAAUGUUGCAUUCACAUUUAAAUGAUACGGAAAUUCCUGAAACAAAACGUUUUAUCCCCAAAGGGUUUGAAUUGGGUACAACAUUUAGUUAGCCGAAUAGGUCUAUUGAUCUGCUCCGAGCUCCUAGAGCGCUUUCGAGUACCAACAACCUGCUGUGAUUGGUCGAAACCUGGCGACUAUUCAAAAGUUCUUUUGUACAAAGAAACAACGGCAUCCUUUGAGGGAUUACAACCGUUAUUUGUGUUGUGCUAUCGAAUACUUAAAGUGGCUGUAAAUUCAAUGUUGUGACGCUGUAGUGAUGACAGUUAACUUCAAUUGAACAUAUUUUGAUACGAAUCACCAAGUGGUUGCGGGAAUAAGUGCGCAGUACUUUUCGGAACGUGAUCUGUUUACUCUGAUUACACAAUUAAUCAUAACUAUAACAAAAUUCGCAAAUCUGAUUGGUUCUCAACUGCCCUGAUUUCAGCCUUAAUUGGACAGUUUAAUAGGACAGUACGCGUCAUGCCCAAGUAAUUGGACAGUAUUUUUUCAUUCCUAGCGAAAAAAUCUUGGAAUUUCUUGUUUUUUGAUUUAAAAAGAGCCCUAUAUAUCACAAAUUUUGUUAAAGUUAUGAUUAAUUGGUAACAGAACUUCGUGUCGUCCAAUUCGGUCUGUAAUCAUACUCGUGAUUAAACAAAUCGGACUCCCGCUAUGCGGUCGUCCGAUUUUGUUAAUCACUCGUAUGAUUACAGACCAAAUUGGACUCCACUCAGUCCUGUUACCAUUACAUAUACGACAAAAGCUUUGUAUUAAUAAUAAAAAAGGACGCCGACCGAGAUUAGCGAAACUACAUAAAAGGUUAAUAGGUGGUUUUCAUGCAUCCCCGGGAGACACAAUUAACAAUGGUCAAAUGAACAAAUGCUGGUGGACAAACAAAGCGAGCUAAUGAGCGAUCUUUUGUUUACCGUCCACCAGCAUGGCGGCGAUUGACGAGUAGGCAAACACGUGAGAAAUUACAGUGUUUGUAUGAGAAUCUAAUGUCGAAUAAUUUUCGUAAAAUGGCUGUUCUGAAAUAAAUAUUAAUUGUAAACUAAGGCUAUAAAGCAAAGGAUUGUCCUAAAAAAAAUUUGGGGGAGUACCUGUGCUUGAUUUUCUCCAGAGGCUUGCUUUAGAUUUUCCAUAUAUUUGUCUGUAAUUCUCCCGGGACUUGCUUACAGACAAAUGUAUAGAAAAUGUUAAAAAGUGGUUCUAGGUCUUCUAUUUCAUGUAACGCCCUCAAAUUUUUUCAGGAGAAUCCUUAGGAGUGAAGCUUUAGUUUACAAAUCAUAUUUUUUUCAGAACAGCCGUUCUACGGAAAUUAUGCGAUAUUAGAUUCUCAACAAUCACUGUAAUUUCUCACGUGUUUGCCUACUCGUCAAGGUGGCGUCGAAAACCGUGACAAGGUCUAUUAAAGAGGGUCUUAAUGGGGGUAACCGAUAGGCGUAAGACGGCCAAAAAUUAAGUCGAUAGCUGUAAAAAUUGAAAAGUUUUAACCGUUAACCGUAAAUAGGGUAAAAAAGAUUGGUUAACCGUAAAAGGAAUUGUUCCCCAGAUUUGUUAAGGAAGGUGCUAAACUCACUUACAAUUAACGUUACGUUAUUUAUUUCCCGGCUACUUUGACUCCCUACGCACGUUAGGCCAAGCGCCUUUUAGUUGUGACCUAUACGUAGACUCCAUUUCCGCCGCUCUCUCGGGGAACUAUUAAUUUUUUUCCAUAGCGAAAAUCUGGCUUCUUGCUGGGGAUUAAAAUUUGCGAUUUUCAGGAGGUCGUGCCCUCGAAAUACUAGUGAACCAAUACCCAGAGAUGUCACUGUUUGUAAAACAUGUUGCCGAUAAACAACAGUUCCCUGUUUUUCUCUGACGCUAAGGUAGACAUUGCCAUGCCUAGUCCCUGUUCGGCGUCUUCCCACGCAAACUCGGUGAAGGAAUUUCGGUGGCGUAUCUGAGAAAAAAACUUGCUUGGAUCACGUGACCCGCAACGCAUUAGCCACGCGGAAUGAGAAGACCUAGGGACAAGGCAACGGCAGACAGUCCUUCGCUAUCAUUAAAACCACUGGACACGGGAAUUAACCGAAAGCCGUAAAAGAGCCGAAAUUUAGCCGAUAACCGCAAAAGCCACAACCCUUGAGACCCUCGCCCUAACGGAGUUACGGUUCCACAGUUCUUGCCAGGGCGGAUAAAGGUUGGGCGGUGAAACGAGCGCGUCCGAGCAAAAAGGUGUGAUGCAGUAGACUGGGACUCUGCUUAGAAAUGUCGCUUGUUUUCGACUUCGGUCAGGGCUUACGAUGUGGUUUGUACAUUGGACACUGCCGCUGUCACUGAAUUAUGGCAGCUUGAUUUGUUUUCUUGCACUUCUUCCUUGUUUCUUUGUGCUGGUACGCUGUCUCCGAGAGGCAAAUUUUGCUACUUUUUUUGCGGGAGGUUUAGUUGGACUAGACAAACAUCUCUUUCAAAGGGUUUCUUUUAUUACUUCCAUGACUCUACCACUGAAUUAUAUUUUCGUUUUGCUACUCGCCAAUGUCGAUGUUAUUCCAAAACAAAAACAACUAAGUAUUGUCUAAAACACGAAAGAAAAUCUCAUCCAUGGCAAAACUAAAAGACAGUAGAUCGUGCUUCAUAACUAGAUGACGUGUAUUUUAUAAAUGCGUGCAGCUCGUGCAAGGUGAAAUUAUGCUAAUUUCAAUCACCAUCAUCCUUCUUUUUAAUUUAGAAAAAAACAUCUCAUACGUCUUUCUGUUUCUUCGAAACUUCAAAGUUAGUUUCCCCUUAGUUUUUACUGUUUACCUUCUUUUGUUUUAGAGAGAAAAACGGAGAAAAAACCUUACAACUAACCUCAAUAAAUUUUGUUUACAUGCGGUUGCCGGAUUUGCAACGCAUUGCGCGAAUCGCCAUGGCGCAUUGCAUCCGACAAGCAAAGUUUGAAGAAGUACAACGCCACUAUAUCAAUAUAUAUCAAUCUAAUUUUUUGUUAUGUUAUAAAAAAUUUAUCCUCCUUUAACAUAUGUAAAAAUUGAGGUUAAGAAGUGUUAAGCUUUUGCAAACGAAACGGCGAAAGACGAUUAGGUGAUAUUUAGUGGAAGGACGAGGUAUUCAACACUUUCAAAUUAAACUCAAAUUUUGGCAUUAUACGACCAACAAGUUUGACUUAUAGACGUACAGACACAAACACAUGAAACUGUUUAUUGAUAUUGUUAUGAAACGAAUUUAUCUAUUUAACAUUGUAGCCUGAAAUUACAGAAAGAAAAUAGGAUUUCCGGUUUGCAAAAAGGAAAAUUUCGCCGGCCUUCAAGCGCACCGGAAGCGCGGAAAGAGCGCUCGUGCCAGUCCUACUCCGCAUCACACAUUAAAUGAAGAGCGGAGCGCUCGUUUCACCGCCCAACCUUUAUCCGCCCUGGUUCUUGCUGGCAAUACACCAGGAUAAGUUUCAAUUCUAAUGACUUAAUUACAAAUACGUUUUCAUAGUACCGUAUCAUUCGCGCUUACAUAUAUGAUCGGACUGUUGCAUAAUACAACGCACAACUGUUCUUUUCAAACAGCUAAGACAAUUAGUUUAGCCGGAUUAUUAAACUCGAACAAAAGUUGUUUACGACUUUCAGAGUACAGUCGAACCUCUCUAAUACGGACACCGAAGGGACAGAGCCGAGUGUCCACUCCGUAUUAGAGAGGUGUCCGUUUAAAAGAGGGUCAGUAUGAUGACGUUCGUAUUUUUAUGACUCCACUUACAGUUUUAAGUAGUCAGUAGCUAAAACCAGGCUCACACUCGUCUUUAAACUGCAUUUAAAUUUAUUAAUUCACAGUACAAAGACACUGUCUUUCAGUAGCACAGUCGUAGACAAAUCACUGUUUUAAAACUAAACGAGCUACAGCGCAAUGCUGCAUGUUAAAAGUUGUUAACGUAAAGCACAAUUCUGAAAGCGUCUUUCGUUAUUUUGCAAGUGCAGUAAACAGAGUAACUAGAGUACAAAAUGUAAUAGGAAAGAUCUUUAUGCUAUCUGUAGUUAUUCAAGCCUUGAAAGGAGGUUAUGUUCCUCUGUACACCUUUCGCAAAUUUUUGUUUGAUGUACAGCGACUGGGCUUUUGAAAUCACCUUGCAUAGCUCAUAAGCGAGACUAGCCUGGAUUCACACUGUGCAGAUUCAGUGUCAGAUUUAGUGUCCGUAAUAAAGAGGUUAAAUUUAUAUGAAUUUACUCUCUGGGGCUGUCCGUUGUCCGUAUUAGAGAGAGUCCGUAUUACGGAUUUUUUUUUUAAGAAAAUAUAUGAGAAUUUUAUCGGGACAUUGGAAACUGUCCGUAUUAGAGAGGUGUCGGUACCGAGAGGUAAAUACAAUACAAUUUAGGAUAUGUUUUUAAGUUAAUUGUAUCAGGAAAUUGUUCUUUUUUGAAACGGCAACACUAAACAACAAAACGAAAUCAAAGGCUACUGUAAGCCAGCUCAUGAAUGAAUUCGAUAAGUGUAGAAAAGACAGUUCAAUAAGUCAACAAGACCCUCAUAGUGGGAGUACAUUGGUUUGUCGGCGUACCUGACAAUUUGUUAGACGGAGUCAGGGCUGUGUAUUACUAACUUCUACCAAUGAACAAAAAGAGGCAAGUUAGCCUUUUGAAACAAGAAAUGAUGACGUGACUAGUUUGGUCUAACCGGGUCAACUUUUGGCGUUUUAAAAUGCUGUUAAAAAGCACUAUGGCAAAUUAUUAAGUUUUAGUUUUGUUUCUGUCUGGUAUGGCAUUAUUAGCUGCUAUAUGACAGUCAACAAUUUUGGCAAUAAUUUGCACUUUUAAUUUUCAAUAGCUGCUCCCGGCUUAUUGUUGAUUCAAGAUUUCCAUAUGUUUCUUCGUUCCUAGAUUUUUUCUAGUUUUCGUAAGACUGUCGGAAUUAGAGCUUUAGCCAAAACGCUUGAAAAACGUAAGUUUUUAAAAAGAAUACCAGGUCGAUGGUUAGACAUUAAGACUUGAUCCUAAUUGUUCGCUUCAAUAAUAAACAUGCUCGUUUUCGUAUAUCUCUGGCACGUCUGAUGCAUUACUCGCUCAUUUUUGGACACCACCACGCUUGGGAAGAUUUUCUUGUUCUGCAAAACUUGUGCAUCAAAGUUCAUCGUUGGCCGCAACCUUUUUCACAGAGUCCUUCUCUCUUUCUCUUUCUCUCUUCUGUCCUUCUCUCGAGGAUUAGAAAGUGCUCUUGGAACGAAUUUGCGCUAAUUGUUAAAUCUAAUGACGUCAUAUCUGGUACGAGGGCUGCGGCUUCCAAUGCAAUGAGGGCGUUUCAGGAGUGAACAGUGUUGUAUAUGGUGUUAAGCUGACCUUACCAAGAAAAUUUUAUCAGAUAUGUAUUGUACAGUCUUCUGAGAACAAUGAGGCUGAAAUCUAAAGUCUUGAUUUUCUCUUUUUAAAAUAGUACAUAUAACGUAUAUAACUUCUUUGUAAACUUUGUAUUUGAGGCAUUUCCUUUUUCUUAUCUUUAAGAUUGUUUUUCGUGCAUCCUUCGUCCCGUUUGUCAAGAUGUUUAUUGACCAGUUUGGCUACUGGGCACCGUGUAUAACUGCUGUUUAUCAUGUCAGGUAAGGUACAACCAAGUGAUCUGCAAGGGGUAUAUCCAGUCUUCCUCGGAAAUCCGGCGCCAUCUUGAAAUGCAUUACAGAGCAAAGCGGUCAGCACCAGGUCCCAUCAGCCUAAACCCUUUGGUUACCUUAUGAAGUUUACAAAUUGUAGUAUUCUUUAUUGCUUCUACACUGCACUUAGAUGAGAUUCUGCUCAGCAAAUGCUCAUCAAAGUGUAUGUCCCUUAAAUUUUUAAGGAAAAAAUCAUUUCGAAGAGCGUAAGUGGGUAUCACCUUACCACUAGGCCACUGAGGUGACUUGAUUUGAACUUAUAUAGCAACACUCCUAAUCCUCAAUAGAAGCUAACCGUUUCGAGUCAGUGCUUAACCCAAAUCACUAUUUUCAGUGCUUAACCCUAAUCAGUAUUGCUUAAUCCUAAUCACUACAACCGAAGCGAUAAGGAAUCCUAUGUUGUGUAAACUUCAUGAGGUGUCCGAGGUGGUUUAAAGCGAUGGGAUCUAAUGCUAACCGAGCAGAGCAGAGGCUCCCUCAUUUUCGAAGUUUUGAAAUCGACACUCACAUGUAGAUAAUUAAGGACUGCUAUUAUAAUGUUAAACCGUGUUUAGUGUUGUUAACUCUUCAUUUAGCUUUGAGUGUAUUGUAGGGGUUAUUAUGUGGAGUUUCUGAAAUGUACUGCAUUACAUAAAGUUCCAAAUAGUGCCACAUUAUUAAUGAUUGUUCUCUAUAUAUUACUCGCUGUAUAUGCCCUAGUCUGCCUGACUUAGCAUGACCUAACCCCGUUUUAAACGCCUUGGGUAAAGCAGAACUGUAGGACCUUCAGUCAUUUUUUUAAAAAUGCGAGUAGAAUAAUGAGCACCCAGAGCGUUCUCCCGCGCUUUAGGUUUUCAAAAGGCAACCACACAGAUUUUAUAUGCGCCAAUACUAAACAUUUUCAGAGAAAUAAUAAAUUAUCGAAAAAAAAAUUGGUGUUGAUUGAUUACUGCGGGAAUUCUUUUUCAGUAUGGGUGUUAUGGAAGGCCUUACUUAUAAUGAAACUAUGGACAGACUCAAGACACUUUACUGGCCAACACUAAAGGCAUGCUGGAUGAUAUGGCCCGCAGUCAUGGUAAGUGAAAUAAGCAUCAAGAUUACCGGGCCUGGGGCCCGUUUCUCGAAAGUCCUGGUAACUUUUCGGGCCCGAAAUCAAAUAUUAAAAUGGAAAUAUAAAGAAUAAGAGCGCGGGUCCCGGAUAGCAAACUACUCCAGUUUGUUUCAUUAACUGAUAGUUUUAUCAUGUUAGAUGCAAAACUAUUGAAACCUCGAUCUUUAAUGUAAACGGCAACAACUUACCAGGCCCGUUAAUUAUCGGGACUUUCGAGAAACGAGCCCCUGGGUUGUAAUUCGCCUUCGAGUUUGCGCACGAGACUUGGUCGGUGUUUUGUCGAGUUGUAUUUUGGAACUGUUUUGGGGCAUCCAGUGCUUCGUCUGUAAUAUAGAGGAGAAGUGUGACGUCACGUUACUAUGGUAACAAAAUUUCUGGAUCACAACAGUAGGGACCUUAAGCAACGACGACGGCGACGGCAACGAGAACGGCUAAAAAAGCAAUAGGUUUACAUUACCAAAACAACAACUUUGCACGUGCAUCACACUUUUCUGUGCUUAUUAAGAAUGGAUUGAUGUUAUGUUGAAUGGACUAUGGAACUGUUUUGGGGACGAAAUUAUAAUCGUGUUAGCCAAUAGAGAGGAGAAGUUGUUACGUCACGUUGCUAUGGUAGCAAAAUUUCUGGAUGACAACAAACCGAAAACGUCACUCAAAAAGUGAAGUUGCACUGUUUCAAACUUCAUCGAACUUAUUCAGUUUCAUUUCAUUUGUCAAAUGUUGGGGAAAUUUCUGGGGUUAAAUCCGAAAGGACCGUAUCUAAGUUUAGAAAAAGAAAAAGGAAAUCGUUGUGCUGUGUGUUCACGUCCUCCUUUAAGCCGAUGCGUGAAAUUAGAAGGUUUCAUGUCGCAGUCGUGGAACGACGGCUAAGAAACUAAAUUUUACGAUUUCGAGAGCCAUUGUAGCUCUAAGAGUCUAUGUACAGUCGCCUGUUCGACUUUGUUGGACGGCAGUUGUAUCGCCAAGAGUUACUAGUUGUGUGAAGCUGUGCGCAAAGUGAUAAUACCUUGCAAAUUGUUGUUUUGGUGAACUAAGGAACGUGUAAAAUGUUGAUGACGGGCAUUGACGGCAGUUUUGUUCUCGUUAUUCCUUUUUCAUUGGGGAACACUGGAGAUUUAUUUCCGAAAGCAAUUAAAAAAGAGGUCAAUUCUGGCUUUUUGAUUUUUUUUUUGUUUCAACCCGUCGACAAAAUGAGAUUGGGAGCGGGUGCUUUAAAGGUAUAAGAACCUGUAGCGCAAAUGCAGCAUCGCCUUGAAGGUAACCAUGACAACCAAGGGAGUGCAAACCACCCAGCAUAUGUGCAUAUUUUCCACGACUCCAUUGUCUCGCAAUUCCCUGAAAAGAAUUGAGCACAAACUGAACGAAAUAUAGAAAUAUGACCAGAAAGCCCCGAGUCAUGUUAGAAUUUUAACAUAUUGAACGUGCGCUAUUUAGCCACAUUAAAUUUGGGAAAUACUUAAUAGUCAUUUCCAGGUUUUCCUCAUUGAUAUUUUUCUAAUUAUCUCUGCAGAUUGUUAAUUUUAGGUUCAUACCAGUUGCUCACCAGCUUAACUUUUGUCUGGCUGUCAGUUUGGUUUGGGCGACAAUUUUGAGUGUCAUACGAGGCUCCGAAGCAAGCCAUGUUAAGGAAAUUGAAUCUAUAGACACCAUAUCUAUAACAAACUACUCUGUAGAAGCGACUCAGCAGUGACCAUGGAGCGAUGGUCCUUGGAGGAGGAAGGGGAAAAAAUCGGUUGCGCAAAUUCUCGCGGCGGUCUUCAAUUGUCCCACUCCUACUGUCUCGCUGCUGGCUCUCUGGGGAUGAGGCUAGCCAUUCUACAAUUCAUGGUGUCUCCUUAUGAAGCCAACUGUUCUGCGUGCGU